UUAGUUACUUGGUAGGUAUAUAAUCAUUACCAACAUAUUCAGUGAUGAUGGAUUCGUCUCCAAAAAGAUAUGCUUCUAAUUUUACGAGUUCUACGGCACAGAGAGGUGUUGAGGCUAAGGAAGUCGAAAUUGCUAAUGCUCGUCUCGACGUGAAUGUAUCAACAUCGAGUCAAAUUGGCGCAGAGAGCUCCCAGCAAGACGCCGAUGACUAUGGGCCUUUGGAGGACACCGGAUCAUAUUUGCAGGUGGUGGUGGAAAAGCAUCGACGUAAGCACGAGCGCGCAGCCGUUGCCGUACAGACGGCGCGAUUACCGUCUGCCUCCAGCCCCGCCGCCGGCGUCGCGGAUCAGGCACGCUGCGCAAUAAAUAUACUAUAAUAUUGUGUGUGUAGUAGCAAACAGCGUUGGCUAUGGCUAUGGUGUGUGUCGGUGCGCAGGGAGGCACGCGUGGACGUGGUUCGUGUGGCGCGGGUGACGGCGGCUCGGUGGUGUGGGCCGGGCCCGUACUGGUAUCGCGAGCAGCACUGCCUGCACUGCGCGCCACCGAACUACCUUACACAUGUUCGUGCGUAUUAAUGUACUAGUUACUUAAAGUAAUUGAUGCAAUAGUUCCUACUCAGUAUUCAGUAGCGCGGUGUACACAGGCGAUGCGUAGAAACGUCGUGGCCGGGAUGCAAACUGGCGACGCAUCCCUCUGCACCAGAGGAACGUGUAGAACGCAAGUCGGACGCGCGGCCACUCGUGACUGGAGGGGUGAGUAAUCAGAACGAGUUACGUAAUAAUCGAACG